AUGGAACAGUCUCAUUGCGGUGGCAGAGGCCGCAGCGGCAGCGGUCGACCCCACCUGGCCCUGGGACUGGUGGCAGCAGCCCCUCCACCUUCCUCACCGGCGUUGCCAGUACCCCCGGGUAUACCGCUUCCUCCAACUUUCCUGCGGCCUCCCAGCCUCUUUCUACGGGCAGCCGCGGCUGCCGCCGCCCCCACCGCGGGAAGAGGAGGCUGCCCGGCGGCUCCCGCGCUGGAGAGAAGGGUGGGCACGGUGAGCUGCGGCUACCCGCGGACUCCCAAGUGCGCCCGUUGUCGGAACCACGGCGUCGUGUCGGCGCUCAAGGGCCACAAGCGCUUCUGCCGCUGGCGUGACUGCGCCUGUGCCAAGUGCACCCUGAUCGCCGAGCGCCAGCGCGUCAUGGCCGCCCAGGUGGCGCUGCGCAGGCAGCAGGCCCAGGAGGAGAGUGAGGCCCGGGGGCUGCAGAGGUUCCUGUACUCCGGACACUCGGGGCCCGGGGUUCGGACCUCUGGAGGCAGCAGCAGAGCUGAGAAUUCCCAGGCGGCGAGCGACCCUGCGAAGGUGACUGCGCUGGGUCUUGAUGCCUUGAAACAGGGUAGUGGUCUGGCGACCCCUGCUUUCGAGGUUUUCCGGCUAGAUUAUACGGAGGAAAAGCAAGAACAAAAAGAGAGUAGAUGUGACUCGUGCCAGAGUGGACAAAAAGAGGUCUUCAAAUCUCAUCAGCUUACCCUGGAAUCAUCUCCAAAGGCUAUUGGUGUCAUCGGAAAACAAAAUGUUACAUCAUCUAGUUCAGAAAACUCAAACAAGAACAAUAGCUUUCCGAAUCCUCACCAUGGGGAGCAAUCAGGAGGUGAAGAGAGUCCCAGGUCUCUUUCAUCCUCUGACCUGGAAUCAGGAAAUGAAAGUGAGUGGGCCAAAAACUUCACUGCUACCAGAUCCAGACUUCCCACUGUGUCCUCAAGACCAAGGGACCCUCUUGAUAUCCUUACCAAGAUUUUCCCAAGUGAUAGGCCCAGCCGGCUAGAAGGCAUUCUGCAGUUCUGCAAAGGGGAUGUGGUUCAAGCUAUUGAACAGGUCCUAAAUGGGAAAGAACACCAACCAGACACCAGGACCCUAGCAAGCUCAGCAGAAUUGGGAAAUACAGCUUUCCAGAGAGUUUCAAAUUUUAGUUUAGCUGGGAUUGGUUUUGGAACUCUAGGAAAUAAAUCAGCUUUCGCUCCUCUUCACACCACUUCUGCUGCUUAUGGAGGUGACUCAAGUCUCUACAGUUUAAGUCCUAGACUAGGCAUCAGUCCACUGAGGCUUGCAUAUUCUUCUCCAGCAAGAGGGCUAUCUGGUUUCAUGUCUCCCUACCUAACUCCUGGGUUGGUACCAGCACUGCCUCUUCACCCAGCUUUGGAUUAUGCCUUUUCAGGGAUGAUUAGGGAUUCUUCCUAUCUUCCUAGUAAAGACUCUGCCACUAGUAGCAGGCUGUAUUCCAGGCUGAAUCAAGACAAUCUAUAAUGCUUCUGCCUAUUCUCCCUUUCUGGAGUCUAUCUAGAAGGCAUGCAAUAUAACCCCCACACCUACACCCACACCUAUAUCUGUUAAUGUGUUCACUAUGUAUGUGAGCAGACUGUCA